AUGCUAGGAGACAGGUUGGAGUCCAAGCCAGAAGAUGGCGAAGAUGAGGUGCCUUCGGUCGCAGUUGAAUCCGUGCAGCUAGUGGAGAGGCUGCUGGCUAUUGUCACAGGUGACUGGGAGAUGGACGAACUAUCGGAUGAAGCGGUGGACGUGUUUGCGGAGGAUGAUGUAGUACUAGACCCCUGGGAAGUUCCGCUGACCUGCGAAGCCGACGAGGGUGUAAUGCUCGAAGCAUCAGUAUCACCAUCACCAACUUGCGAUUAUGAUGAAGAUAUCGAAUUUGAGACGGGAGCGUCUGAAGACUCUGGUGUCUCUGGAGAUGGCAAUGGGAGGGUAGAUGAAACACCAGUCGUGAGUCCUGUAGAUAUUGUACUACCGGAGCUGCUAAGCGUCAGAGAUGGUGCGCUGCUGGUAGUGUUGCCCGAGAUGCUUGAAGUAAAACUUAACGCAAUGCUGGUACUGCUGCCAGAAACAACAGAAGUCAGAGUUAUUAUAGUGCCAACAGUAUUUUCAGGGACGUCCGGCGUCAGUGUACUGCUGGUGGUGUUACCAGAAGUGACAGGGGUCAGAGUUGUUACAGUGCUGAUAGUACCGCCUGAGCUGCUCAAAGUUGGUGCAGUCCCUGUUGUACUGCUAGAGAUGCUCAGAGUUUGGGCAGUCCCGGCAGCGCUACCAGAGAUGCUUGAAGUCGAAGGCACGGGAAGGAUGCUAAUUUCGGUAGGAGUGUCAACUGCGGUGGUGGAACUCUGGUAA